GUUACCUACACUACCUAUCUAGAACUUUCUGUAUUCUAUCUAGCUCAAGCCUCGCGUCUGAGCGUCCGGAGGCGUCCCCUAGCACGAAAGCUUCCAGAUCUGGCCGUGCAUCUGUCUCGGCAUGUCAGAACCUCUGGGCAAACGCAGCAGCGAUGUGCGUGACUACGCCGACGACCUGUCCACUGCACCUACGACCCGCCGCUCGUCGGCCACCACCGAGGAGAUGAGUCGCGAUCAGCACGAAGCUGUCGAACGGCAACCAGCGUCUGCAUCGAUGCAUGCCAGCCAGAGCAGCUUGCAAUCACAACAGACGGGAGAUGGAGCCCCAGGCACGACGAGGCGACCGCGCGCGCGACUGCAGGACUAUGGCUCCAUGCAAGGUUCGUCUACGAGCGGAGGUCAGGGUGGAGGCGGGAGUGGAGGCUCCAGUAGAGCUACUCCACAGGCCCAGCAGCAACCACCCAAGCGGCCCACUCCUACUACUCGAAAGACGUCGACUGCAGCGCCGCACCGUGGCGACCUGUUCUCUGUAGACGAUGAUGCGAUCGAAGUCGAUGCCGAUUUGCGUCAACAGCGAACACAGUCUCGCGCCGGUUCGCAACGAGAGCGACCGCUGCGACGGAGGGAGAGCACUGUACGGCGCCGGGUGCCUCCCCCUUCGCUGCCCCGAGUGGAGAGCGACGAACGAGAGGAGGAUGCGGCGCAGACGACGGGUAUAGAUGCUGCGAGAGCAGUCCCGCGGCCCACGUCGAGUCUGGACCCAGGCGAGCCGAGCUCAGAGGAUACACUACAAGGUGAAGAUGAACAAGAAGAAGAAGAAGAGGAAGAAGUGGAAGCCACAGACGACUCUCCCACUCCUGAAGACUACGGCGACAGCGCGGAUCUGAGCGAUGCGGAGAGCUUCACCUUGAAGGACCGACAGGAAGCGAUCAACGAAACACAUCCAUUCGGCAUCCGGAUCUGGAAGCCGGCCUUGUACAAGAAGAACCGAUCUGUGCAGAGAAACGCAGAAGGCGACAUUCACAGCGCACCAGGAGGCAAUGUUAGUCACUGGUUAUGGAUAUUCAACGUCCUGUGGACGCUCGUCUUCGGGUGGUGGCUGGCCAUCAUCACUGCUGCUGGAGGUGUGGUCUGCCUGGUUCUAGGCGUUUUCCAGCCAAGUUCUGGAUCACCCGGAUGCCGCGAGUACGGUCGAGUGUUGAUUAACCUGGCCCACUACCUGUUCUACCCCUUUGGAAAGUACGUCAAGCUGGAACGUGAUGAGCAAUACUUGCACGAGGACGAAGGUGAGGGGAGAGAUAUUGUCGAGUAUGAACGCUGGCAGGCCGGCGACAUCGAGGAGGGCCGUCUCUUCUUUGGACCUACCGACAUCAAUCGCUCUCUCAUCGGCCGUCGUCGAGAAGAAGUACCCGACCUGGAAGACAACGAGACGGACAGCUUGCUGGGCCGCACAAGAUCGAGCUCUGCGGCGGAGCGUGCUCGUAACAAGACGAAGAAGCGACUGUUUGGCCGUGGCGAGUGGACUUUGGGCAGGGUGAUCUUCUUCCUGUUCUUCUACUUCCUCAUCACUCCGUUCUUGUUCUUGGUCAGCGGCAUCUGUUGGUUCCUCGUCUUCACGAUACCCAUGGGCAAAGUAACUCUGCUGCUAUUCUAUCAUCUGCGAAGACAUCCUCUGGCCAUGAGCUUCCAUACCGACAGCCAUUACCAGCGCUUCGAUUCGGAGCCGCGCGGCAAUAGCGACAGUGUCAUAUUGCUAUGCACAUACCGCGCAGUUGGCAUCAAAUACUGGAAAUACACCAUUGAUGGCACGAACAUCUUCCUCAUCAAUCUACUCGGUCUGGUCGCCUUUGCCAUUGUCGAUUACUUCCUGCUGUACGAGACUUUGCACAUCGACACAUGGUUCACUUCUCCAGGCUUUGUGUUCGUGAUCGCACUGGCUUCGAUCAUCCCACUUGCAUACUUUAUUGGUCAAGCUGUUGCCUCGAUCUCUGCGCAGUCCUCAAUGGGCGUGGGAGCCACGAUCAACGCCUUCUUCAGCACCAUCGUGGAGGUCUUCUUGUAUUGCGUGGCAUUGGACGAGGGCAAGUCACAGCUUGUCGAGGGCAGUAUCGUGGGCUCGAUUCUAGCAGGCAUCCUCUUAUUGCCUGGGCUGUCAAUGUGUUUUGGCGCGAUCAAGCGCAAGACACAACGCUUCAACGUCAAGUCAGCCGGUGUGACGUCGACAAUGCUGCUCUUUGCCGUGAUCGCAAGUUUCGCACCGACGCUGUUCUACCAGUUCUACGGGUCACACGUGCUCAACUGUCGCCUGUGUGUCGACUCGCCUCCGGGUCCAGAUGGCUCGGAAGAGGAGCGAGACUGCCGCAGGUGCUACUUUACUCAAGUCCCGGAGCUCAACGACCAGUUCUUCAUCUCCGCUGUGAGGCCGUACGUAUAUUUCUGCGCAGUCUGCUUGUUCUUGUCGUACGUGGUGGGCUUGCUAUUCACCUUGCGAACGCACGCAGCUGUCAUCUGGAACAAUGAGCCGGAAGACGAGAAGAAGAAGCAGCAGCAUCAUGACGUGCUCCACAGUACACCACAUGCUGGUCACAUCAACCUGCCUUACACUGCAGGCUUAGUGCAAGCUGACUCUACCAACAACACCCCCGGCAAGAAGAGCUCCCACAGUACCAACAUGCAAGGAGACAUCAGGUCUACUCAGAUGUACAAGAGGAUUCUCACUCAGAGUCUCAAGCAGGCUGGCGUCGGUCCAUCACCCGCUUCUGCCGCGAAGAAUCAGAGCAUGGAAAACACUGCCGCAGGAGCUGAAGGACAGGGACCGCACAUUGUGCCACCGAAAAGCGCUGGCAAUGACUCGGCGGCCAACAGCUCCAAUGUCCCAGGCCUCAGCGUAGAAGAUAAUCGUGCUCUUGUACAACACGUCGCAGAAAUGGCCGCGACAGCGGCUACCAUCGCUGCACGAGACGCUACGUCUGCGCCUCGUCGCGCAAGUCAGAUGGCGAAUACACCUGCAAUACCCACAGCAGUUCGGACUCAGUCUUAUGUCAAGAGUGUCAAAGACGGGAAAGACUCGCAUGCUCUCAAUACGGAAUCGGUUCAUGGAGGCCCAGCGGUGCCAGAAGAUGCAGCUGGCGGACAUGGAGGCCAUGACGCGCCGAACUGGUCGCGUAUGAAAUCGGCUAUUAUCCUCAUGACCGCGACGGUCGCCUACGCAGUCAUCGCCGAGAUUCUGGUCGACACUGUUGAUGUUGUCCUCACAUCUGUCAGCAUUCCAGAGAAGUUCCUCGGCAUCACUUUGUUUUCUCUGGUACCAAACACAACCGAGUUUCUCAAUGCUAUCAGCUUCGCCAUGAACGGGAACGUGGCGCUCUCCAUGGAGAUUGGAUCGAGUUAUGCGCUGCAGGUGUUCUUGCUGCAGACACCCUGUCUUGUACUCUUCACUGCUAUUUACACGAAUUGGGUGCCUUGGGAUGAGCUUGCCGAGCACAGCUUCAGCUUAAUCUUCCCACAAUGGGAUAUGGUUUGCGUCUUGCUCAGUGUCAUCCUCUUUGGCUGGAUUGUGGGAGAGGGCAAGAGCAACUACUUCAAAGGCAGUAUACUCAUCUUCACCUACUUGGUUGUUGUGCUUGGGUUCUGGUUCACGGGAUUCAGCACCGAGGCAAUGAUGGGUGUCGAUCGCUUCGACACUCUCGCACUGGGUGUACAGCCCCAGAAAUUCCACACGAUUGGCCAAUCCACCAGUGGAGCGGCUUUUCCAUUUCGCGUGCGUCCGAGAACCAAAGCCGCUCACUGAACGCGUCUUCGUACGUGUGUAUCCACAAUCAGUGGCAUGUUUGCAAAAAGAAAACAAUGGAAACGAUGAAUGGCGACCAGAAAAUUUGUCAGUCAUUCGAUCAAUUUUUGGUAUAUGAUGAAGUUGCACGGGUAUGGCGUGAGCGUUCGAGCAUGGCGCGGGCGUUUUGGUGGCAUUCGCAUUUGGUUUUCCCAGAGAUUACAGACAGUGGCAUACCCAGCGAGCGCCUUCUACAGUAGUAAGCCUUAAUUGAACUAAUGUUACUGG